AUUUCUGGUCUGAGGCCUUGGAUAGCGCUGGACUUGGGGAAGUGCAGCUGGUGAGGGGCCGCAGGGUCCCGGGUGAUGCCAAAGACUUGACGGUCCGGGUCAGAAGCCUAAGGAGCACAGAAAAAGCCGCCAGGGCCAUUUAUCUCGCGGUCCACUGGUUGCUAAGCCAAGGCCCGAGCCCUUGAAUCUUAGGGAAGACAUUUGGAUUUUCAAGAAGACUUCUGCAAGUAGAAUGGUGUCACCCCAGUGAGUCAGUAUCUUUGAUUGUACUGACAAGAAGGACAUUGGUACCGAGGCUUAGGAAAGCACCUAGUAUUUUUUCGUUGUGUCAGAGACAAGGAUUCUCAACCAUGCCAGAAAUAGAAGCAAGUAUGAGAGAUGCUGAAUUAUUUUCACCACCCUCUGAUGUUCGAGGAAUGACAGAACUUGACAGAGAAGCUUUUAAAAAGACAGUGUCCAUCCCGGUGCUUAAAGUGAGGAAAGAAGUUGUCAACAGAUUGAUGCGAGCCCUCAAGAGAGUGGCCCUGCAUCGCCCAGGCAUAAAGCGAGUGAUUGAGGACCCCGGAGAUGAAGACGGUAGACUAAUCAUGUUGGAUCCCUACAAAAUGCUUACCGUUGAGUCCUUUGAGAAAACGGAACUCGCCGUUUUAAAAGAACUUGAUGUCAGCCCACAGCUGUCUGAGUACAACUUGGAACUAACUUACGAAAAUUUUAAGUCAGAAGAAAUUUUGAAAGCUGUGCUUCCCGAGGGUCAAGACGUAACCUCUGCGUUCAGCCGGGUUGGACAUAUUGCACACCUGAAUCUCCGAGAUCAUCAGCUGCCCUUCAAGCAUUUAAUUGGCCAAGUUAUGAUUGACAAAAACCUAGGAAUCACGUCGGCAGUAAAUAAGACCAGCUGCAUUGACAGUACAUACCGAAAUUUCCAAAUGGAAGUGCUGUCUGGAGAGGAAAACAUGCUCACCAAGGUUCGAGAAAACAGCUACACAUAUGAGUUUGAUUUCUCUAAAGUCUAUUGGAAUCCUCGUCUCUCUACAGAACAUGGCAGGAUCACUGACCUUCUCAAUCCUGGAGAUGUCUUGUUUGAUGUGUUUGCUGGGGUUGGCCCCUUUGCCAUACCAGCAGCAAGGAAAAAUUGCACAGUGUUUGCCAAUGAUCUCAAUCCUGAGUCCCAUAAAUGGCUGUUGCACAAUUGUAAACUGAAUAAAGUUGACCAAAAAGUGAAAGUCUUUAACAUGGAUGGAAAAGACUUCCUCCAAGGACCAGUGAAAGAAGAGUUAAUGCUUCGGCUACAACUGUCAACGGAAGCAAAACCUUCUGUCCACAUCGUCAUGAACUUGCCGGCAAAGGCCGUAGAGUUCCUCAGUGUUUUCAGAUCCCUUCUGGAUGGGCAGCCGCGCAGCGGGGAGCCCCUCCCCACAGUGCACUGCUACUCUUUCUCCAAAGAUGCCGACCCUGCCAAGGAUGUCCGUCAGCAAGCUGAGGCCGUGCUAGGCAUUUCCUUGGAGGAGAGUAGUUCCAUCCACCUGGUGAGAAACGUGGCCCCUAACAAGAAAAUGCUGUGCAUCACCUUCCGGGUUCCCGCUGCCAUACUCUACAAGGACCCGCCUCUCAGUCUAGAGAAUUCCGAAGAGCCAUCUCCUAAACGGCCGAGGACGAGUGCUUCCUUCUCAGAAGAGCCUCAAACUGUAUCAGAUUUAGUCUGAAAUGCCUUCUCCACCUCCCCCAUGGGUUUUAUGUAAAGAAGUACAUUUGUAUGGUUUUAUAAACUUUAGCAAUCAGGUAUUUGUUAUUGCGCCCUUAUGUUUCACUCUUAUAAAUGGAAUAUUACCAAAGUAAAAUUUAACUGAAAUAAGCUGA